GGUGACAACGCGAGAAGAAGGCGUGUUUCCGGAAGACGUGGCUGUUGCUGCAGUGGCAGCUGUCAUCCAAGUUAUUCUGGAGAAGAUCUUAAAUCUUACUAUAAUAUUUCCUCUACUUCUAUUUUAUCAACACUCGUUUAUUCGGCGUCAAGAUGAUUUCGCUAACGGACUCCCAGAAGAUUGGGAUGGGAUUAACAGGUUUCGGCGUGUUUUUCCUCUUCUUCGGGAUGAUCCUGUUCUUUGACAAAGCACUCCUGGCUAUUGGAAAUAUCCUGUUCGUUGCUGGACUCGCCUUUGUCAUUGGACUGGAGAGGACCUUCCGCUUUUUCUUCCAGAAGCACAAGAUGAAGGCCACAGGUUUCUUCCUGGGAGGUGUGUUUGUGGUACUGAUUGGCUGGCCCAUAAUUGGAGUUGUGCUGGAGAUCUACGGCUUUUUUCUCUUGUUCAGGGGUUUCUUCCCAGUUGUGGUGGGCUUUAUCAGAAGAAUACCUGUCCUUGGUUCAAUUCUAAACCUGCCCUUCAUCAGUGGACCUUCAUAAGGCUCUGAGGACAAUCAGCAGUCGUGUACGUGGACAAAGUGGGCGAGAGCAACACCAUGGUAUAACAGGGACUGUUUGUACCCAGAGAACGCUGUUUUAGUACAGCAGGUUUUAUAAAGCAACAAUAUCGCCCAUCGGACUGAUACACAUUCAGAUUCCUCCCCACUCCAGCAGGCAAAGACUGCUUUCUGUCCAUCUGCAAUAUCAGUGGUCAGUGCUACCAAUCAAAGUUUCUUUGGAGUGUCGCCCAACCAGUCUGUUACCGAAUGGAGUUACUAAGGUCACUACAAAAAAAUAUUUCCAAUUCUAUUGAUCCGUUGAUCAUUGAAUGCAUAUUGAAUCAGAAAACGGAGGAUGGAAGACUCGCAAAGCACCAUUGACUCUGUCUACGUGAAUAUGGAUGAAACAAACUAAAUCCCUGUCCCUCAACAAGGAUAAGGAGUCAGACGUCAGUUUGCCAUUUUGCCACAUUCUGUGCCUGUGCUUCUACUUUAUUUGGACAAAAGCUUUUAAGCUCAGAAUUUUGUCUUAUUACAGUAAUUCUGUGACACUUUAUUUUUGCGUGUCUAUUGUAAUAUUUUCUCUUUGUUACAUGUCAUUUUGUUUAUGGUUGGCCAAUGAGUACUUCAGUAUAAAUUAUUUUUUAAAUGAUAAGUGCUUUACUUCAUGGAACGUGAGUUAGUGUAAUGUCAUACUAGUAUUUGUUACUAUUAUUAUUACAACUGUUAAAGUCUGGUCACACCAGAAAAUGGCAACACCUAAUUCAUCAUGAUAUGUGGAUGAUGAAGUUAAUUAAAGUGAUGUUAAAAUAUUUAGUAAUGUGGUGACUAGUCGUCACAUUAAAUGGGGCAGUGCAGCAAUUCGCAGCAGAGUUGUGUGGCGAAUGGGGACUCUCACUUGAAUAACCUGUGUGACGCGUUGUUCAAACCCUGCUGGAGUACAAGUAGACUUAAUAUUUCACCUUUAUUUUGUUUUGUCAGGGUGUCUAUACAGACAGGGGGACUAUGUGUUGGAGCUUGCUGCAGGAAACAUACUGUCAAAACCCAGAAUUAUUCUAAUGAGUUGUUACUUAACCCCUUAGCGAUUUCCCCCUUUUUAUAGAAAGUUGUUGGGCAGUGGAUUUUUAGGGGGAGAUAGCAGGUCAAUAGUAGAUGCCAUAUAGAGCUGGUGGACAUCUGAAAGCUGGAACCUAAAGAUUAAUUUUAUUUGCAUUCCAGCACUGUAUGUUAAGUUGUUCUUGUCAUACAUCUGUAAUAUAUAUAAUUUAAUUAAUCAUAACUAAAGAUAUUAAGUUAAUGUUCAACUAUGUCCCAUAACUUGUUACAGCAGUUUUUUUUCUGUUGAGACCAUUUGUUCAACAUAUAUACUGCUGAGCAGAUGCAGGCCAUUUUUUUUAAAUAUUGAGAAUGGAUAAAAAUGGUCGAAAAACACUCCGGAAUAUUACAUCCAUACACCAAGACCUUUGGAACAACAUAGAAGAAUCCAAGCUAAGAUUGUUGAUGGUUUCAAAAACUUGAGACAUUUUGGAGAUUUCUGUAUUUUCGGUGAUUGGAUUACGACCACUUCCCAUCUUUAAACUGCUGAGAACCCCCUUAUUGUCAACAUACCCAGGAAAGUGUUACAGCUUCUGGAUGCUCUAGGUCUCUAGUUUGUGGAUGUAAAGUUUCAUGAGGCUGUGAUUAUCCUAGAAGUCACAGCAGCUCAUUUUAAGUCAGGUCAUUGCUUGUGUUUUGUUUUCCCCUUAUAGCUUUUUAAACUUUCUGUUCUCUCACCAACUCACUGGUUACAUGAUUGCCUCAGCAUGAUGUGGAGCUGUGUUUCUUCAACAGUUGAGUAUGCUUUGACUUUUAUGUCUCAUACGGAUGCUUUUUUUCCCCAAUCAUCCCAUGCGACGCCAACUACUGCAGACCACGCACUACCCCCUCCCGAAUGAAAGGGAUUACUUGUGUUUUACCAACUGCCAAAUUAAAUUUUAAUGCAGCCUGAGGCUAGUAAGCAAACUACUAUAGCUGGAAAGCUAACACCUAACACACAGCCAGGAACAUGCUAGCAGUACACUGCAAAAAAGCCAACUUAUAUUAUUUUUUGGCCUAAAACCGCGAUUUAAGUUGGUAAAACUUGGAAAUAUAAAUUAUUGACAUUUAGGGCAAUAAUGUAAGUUAGCACAACAAAGGAAGCCAGUUGUCUGCUCAAAAACAAGUUUGUGAGUUGUUGUUACUUAUUUCUUUAAGUUGGGGUUCAAAACAAGGGACAAUAGUUCUGCUAACUCUUAUUUCUUUGUUGUGAAAUUCGGUCAUAAGCAAAAGCUAGCGGCUAACUGAUGCUAGCAGCUAACUGAUGCUAGCGGCGCUGCUUGUUACAGCUACAAGAGUAGCCAUUAGCGUAUCAAUGCUAGCUCAAAAUUGUGGUCGCAACAUUAGCUGACAUUCAUAGCGGCGUUACAAUCGUGCCAAUUCAGCACAUUGCAGAAGUUAGCAGAAGUAAGGAUUAAAAGUUAUUACAAUGUAAAAUUAUAAGUUAGUACUUAGUUAUAAGUUUGACAAAAAUCUGAAUUCAGAGUUGAGCCAACUCCAAAACAAAACUUAAAAUAUUUAGUUUAACUGUCCAACUUAAAAUUUUAUCGAAGUUUGUUGCCUUGAAAUUUUGAGUUCACCCAACUUUUAUUUUUUUGCAGUGUAGUCAGUCACAAAAGUUCUCUUGCUGGUUUGCUCACUGUCAGUAGCAAGCUUGGUAGCUCAAUCGGCAUCUCAACAGAAAGUACUGAAGGUUCAGUUUAUUCAAAAACAUAUUUUUAUCAUCAUAUUCUGCCUCAUAACCUUCUUUCAACCUACAAAAAGCACUUGAAUCAAGAAAACAUUUUUCAGAAGUUGUAAUGGAUUAUGUGAGCAGCAUGUUGAAUUUAAUAGCACACUGCAAUGGACCAGUGGGCUGCCUUUAAGACAGAAAACUGUUCUAAAAUAUAUGGUAUGUUGUGGGAAAAUAGUAAUAUAAAAGCUACAUCAUAUUAGCCAAACCCAUUAAAGUAAGUAAUAAAAAUAUUAAUAUAAAAAGUACCCUAUAAUGGACUAAAAAACAUUUAAAACACUGGUAUGAUCCUGAUAUCUCGCUCAUAGAAUGUAUUGUUUAUUCAGACAUUAUUUCAGCGGUUUCAAGCUUUUCAGUUUUUGUGGAAACAAAUUAACCCUUUCCAAACAUGAAAACUUGCACACUAAAGCACCUACAGCUUUAUUUAUCAUUGGACCUAUAACUUUUAAUAUCUAAAUGAGCAUUAGUUUUAUUCUUGAGGAAAAGCUAGAGUUAUCUUCUCAUUCAUGUCAUUUUAGUGUCCUUGAGCUCCAAAUGGUCAACUUGUCCUGUUUUUCCUUAUUCCUUUCUGUUUCUUCUUUUUUUUUUUUUUUUGUUGAGAAACACAUUUCUGCAUUGCAGACAUCAACCCCCACAACCCAGAAACUGAAAAAAUGUGGGUCUUUGUGUCCAAAGUACCACCAAAAUUAAAGUUACCUGUGAAAUUUCAAUGUUUUGCUGUACGUGAUUUUGUAAAUAUACUUUGUAGGUUUGGUUUGUACCUGCCAUUGAA